AUGGACACGGAUCUACGCCCGCUGGUCGAGAGCCUCGCGAGCAACAUCGACCAAGUCGAGGAAUCUCUUGCGCCACUAAUCAACACCGCCCUAUCUGCCAGCACAAGCAAACUCCCUCUGCUCGACAAGGCAAAACUCUACACUCUCGUCACAUACGCCAUCGAGUCUCUGCUAUUCUCAUAUCUACGCCUUAACGGCCUCGAUGCGAAGACGCAUCCCGUCUUUGCCGAACUCACUCGCGUCAAGCAAUACUUUGAAAAGAUCAAGCUCGCCGAGACUUCGCACGUCAAGCGCAAUGCCACUCUCGACAAGGCCGCCGCCGGUCGCUUCAUCAAGCACGGUCUAGCUGGAAACGAAGAAUACGACAGGAAACGCGCAGAGCAACAAGAGAAGGAGAAGAACGGUGCCAAGAGAAAGUUCGAAGACAUGACCGAGAGAGUCGGCAGUCAUUCGCGCUUUGAGGCCAUGAGCCGCAAGAUGAAUGACGACGAGGCCGAGAGCAGUGCCAAAGACGUUGAAGUCAGCGAGUCCGACUCCAAGAAGAAGGCCAAGACGGCCGCUCCCAAGAAACAAAAAUCCGACAAGGCUCCUCGUGGACACAAGGCAGCCUUCCAAGCCUUGCUGCAAGGUCCCAUACCAACCGAGNNGAGGAACCGAAGAAAAAGAAGAAGAGAAAAGAGCAAGGGAGGCAAGGACACUUAA